AUGGUUCUUCAAGAUUUAGGUCGGCGCAUAAAUGCUGCAGUUACAGAUCUCACAAGAUCUAGCAAUUUGGAUGAAAAGGCAUUCGAUGGCAUGAUCAAGGAGAUUUGUUCUGCAUUGCUCGAGGCCGAUGUAAAUGUAAAGUUAGUGGGAAACCUACGAAAAUCCAUCAAAGCCUCCGUGAACUUUAAAGAGCUUGCCCCAGCUGUCAACAAGAAGAAAGUCAUUCAAAAGGCUGUAUAUGAUGAACUAGUCAAGCUUGUCGAUCCUCAUGCCGAACCUUUCAAGCCAAAGAAGGGCAAAGCGAAUAUUAUCAUGUUUGUUGGAUUGCAGGGAGCUGGAAAGACUACGACGUGUACAAAAUUGGCAAGAUGGUAUCAAUCAAGGGGGUUCAAGGCUUGUUUGGUUUGCGCGGAUACCUUCCGUGCAGGUGCUUUCGAUCAGUUGAAACAAAACGCUACAAAGGCUAAAAUUCCAUAUUACGGUUCUCUCACACAAACGGAUCCAGCAGUUGUGGCGAAGGAGGGUGUGGAUAAAUUUAAGAAGGAGAAAUUCGAGAUUAUUAUUGUGGACACCAGUGGAAGACAUCGACAAGAAGAUGCUCUGUUUCAAGAAAUGGUGGAUAUUCAAACAGCUGUGAAGCCCGACCAAACUGUAAUGGUAAUGGAUGCCAGUAUAGGACAGCAAGCUGAGGCACAAAGUAAGGCCUUCAAAGAGACUGCUGACUUUGGAGCCAUUAUUAUCACGAAAACCGAUGGGCAUGCAAGCGGAGGUGGUGCAAUCUCUGCAGUUGCAGCAACACAUACACCUAUCAUAUUUAUCGGAACCGGAGAACAUAUGCUUGAUUUAGAAAAAUUCGCACCCACACAAUUUGUUUCCAAACUACUGGGUAUGGGAGAUAUGCAAGGACUUAUGGAGCAUGUUCAGUCUUUGAAGUUAGAUCAAAAGGACACCAUGAAGCACAUCGUGGAGGGUAUUUUUACAGUUCGUGAUCUUCGCGAUCAAUUAUCUAAUAUAAUGAAGAUGGGACCUCUUUCGAAGAUGGCUGGUAUGAUUCCGGGUAUGGGAAAUAUGAUGCAAGGAAUGGACGAUGAGGAUGGUGCCAUGAAACUCAAACGUAUGAUUUACAUUUGUGAUUCUAUGACGGCCAAAGAACUCGAUUCAGACGGAAAAAUAUUCCUCGAACAACCCACUAGAAUGACGAGGAUAGCUUGCGGCAGUGGUACAAGUGUAAGGGAAAUAGAGGACUUAUUAACUCAACACAAGAUGAUGGCUGGUAUGGCAAAGACAAUGGGUGGAAGUAUGAAGAAUAUGCAAAAAGCACAAGGUGCAAUGGGAGGUGCAAACAAACAACAACAAAUGGCCGCCAUGCAAAAGAGACUCGCUUCGAUGGGAGGCGGUGGAGGCGGUGGAAUGCCAGAUUUGAGUAGCAUGAUGAAAAUGCUCGGUGGUGGUGGUGCUGGAGGCAUGCCCGGUGGUAUGCCUGAUAUGUCUAGUCUGAUGAAAAUGAUGGGUGGCGGCGGUAUGCCUGGAAUGCCUGGAAUGCCCGGGAUGGGAGGCGCUCCAGCGGGUAGAGGGGGCAGAAGGUAA